GGAUGUGUCAAAACAAAUCUUCAGAGAUAAAUAUUUGUUGACAAAUCUAAAUUUAUAUGUUCAUAUCCAAAUGACCGCUCAAUUAUUGUUGCACGAAUGUUUUUUUUUUCAGAUACCGGUCAUUGUUUACUAUUGGCGCAUGGUCGAUUGUCAUCAAAUUUUUGAUAAGCCGUCAAACACAGAUUAGUCUUUCCCUUGAUUAGAUCAGAAGACCCGACUUUCAGUUUCGAGUCAAUCAGCAGUUGCGCCACCUGAAUCUAUCUAAACUAAAGGGCUGGCACGGCAGCAAGCAUGGCCGGCCCAGCUCCUGACAUCGGAUGCUAUCUUGUGGUGAAACACUCAACAUGGAAGGGCAAGUACAAACGUAUCCUGGGCAUUGGGCAGGAGGGCAUCACAACCUACAACCACAACACCCUGGAGGUCACCAACACCUGGCUCUACCGGGACAUUGUCGGCAUCUCCCCCGUACUGGCCAAGACUACCAACAAUCAGGGAGCACUGGAGUUCCAGCUGAGUAUGUACAAGAAGAACAAGGUGGACCACAUGCGGUUCUCCUCGGACCACAGAGCCGACAUCCUUACUAAGGCGCUGGGCCACAGACACGCCUUUGCCCAGCCCUUAGCUGAUGACCUGAGGAGUGCGGCGCAGAAGGCCCGGGGCCGUGACGGCGACUGUGGCGUGGCUGUGGCGCUAGUGGCGACGCCACGUGGCAUAGAGCAGCUCAAUGGGGCCACUGGGGCCCUCAUAGCUUGCUACCAUUACUGCAAUAUUGAGGCCCUACUGCCCGUGUCGGACCUGCCGGGGGGCCUCGCUAUCAAGGUGAGCGUGGGGCCCUUACUGCCGGGGGGCCUUGCUGUCAAGGUGAGCGUGGGGCCCUUACUGCCUCCUCGCUAUCAAGGUGAGCGUGGGGCCCUUACUGCCGGGGACCUUGCUGCCAUGGGGCCCUUACUGCGGUUACUCUCGUUACCAGGCCUUCAGAGGAGUGCGGCGCAGAAGGCCCGGGGCCGUGACGGCGACUGUGGCGUGGCUGUGGCGCUAGUGGCGACGCCACGUGGCAUAGAGCAGCUCAAUGGGGCCACUGGGGCCCUCAUAGCUUGCUACCAUUACUGCAAUAUUGAGGCCCUACUGCCCGUGUCGGACCUGCCGGGGGGCCUCGCUAUCAAGCAGUGACGACAUCCAUCAGACGUCGCUGUGCGAGUUCCCCGUACAGAAGGUGGUGUCUGUGGCCCGUCAUCCCCACAGCACGGUCCUUGCCCUCUACGAUCCCCCUAUGGGGGGUCCAUCCCCUAACCCCAACGGCAUGGGUGCAAACUACAUGACUGCUGUAGGGGACGGAGCAACAACCAUACGUAGGAUACUAGCAUUGUCCGAGUCCUGCCUGGUGGAGAGGGAUCCUACGAGCUAUGGGCUGGUGACCCUUAGACCCCUUAGUGACAUCCAUGCCUUAGUCCGAUGCCAGCACAACCCGCAACGCCUUGAGAUCGAGUGGGUCUCGGGCGGGUCCAGGGUCUAUACCUGCUCAGACCGGGACGCAUUGUUAGCGUCACUCAUGGAUGGUGCCAGAGGGUCAGGACAUCUUGGGGUCCAUGUUCGGAUGUCCCCUAGUGACCCAUGCAAGAGACUGGGUCCUGCUGGGGUCCCUGUCACUGAGGAAGUGGAGAGCAUGUGCCUGAGGCUCCUGCAGCAGCCCGUUAUAGGGUGCCCGUUUUCGGAGGCCGUUGAACGGUUCAACGCUAACGUCCCGUACUCGGGUCUCCUGCAUUCUGUUUCCGUUGAUGGUUUCUUCGCUGAGAACAAAGAACGUCUCAUCACCGGGGCUCUAGGGGUUAUAGUCAUGCGUGGGGACGAUAACCCUUACUCCCCAAACUCAACCACCACAACCCCCGAGCUGCAGGCGCAGUUCCAUGCCCUCAGGAGGCUCGUGGCCUCUAAAGCUGGCUUCGCUGCCCUCACUUCCCUCCCUGGGUUCCGGGAGAAGGUGGGGCUGAAGGUGAUGCGGGGGUUGCAGCGGGGUGACGCUGGGGUUACACAUGCAGCGCUGGACCUGCUGUGUGCGCUGCUGCAACCCAUGCAUAGCAACCCCGACCUCAAGCAGGAGCAACUCAACAAAACAUCGUUGUUGCACUCGCAGAAGUUCCAGGAGAAACUCAUGGAGAACUUCGUGUUGCACGUGAACCUGGGGACUGGGGGCCUGGUGAUCGCCGCCAUGCUGGACUUCCUGACGUUCGCGGUGGUGGCACCCUACAGCGAGACCACCGACGGCGCCCACUUCGACUUCCUCCUCAAGCUCCUGGCGCGACACGGCAGGCAGCUGUACAAGCUCUUCCAGCACCCCAGCCUGGCGGUGGUCAAGGGUGCGGGGCUGGUGCUGAAGGCCGUCAUCGAGGAGGGGGACGACGACAUCCCUGAGAUGAUGCAGCGGCUCUCCCUCACCGAGGGCGCUCUCCCCAGCCACCUCUACACGGCCCUCUACACCCGCCUCACCGACGACGGUCGGCUGCUGGGUCAGCGGCAGCUGUCCCGCCACUUGGUCGGCUUAUGGACGGCCAACAACGAGGCGGCCAUGGAGCUGCUGGGCCGCAUCCUCCCUCGGGGACUGCUGGCCGCCCUCGAGAGCACAGAGACCGUCCCCGUGGACGACAUAGACAGGCUCAGCCCCAGGGACAACCUGGCGAUCGCGGCGGCGGCAGAGGCGGCGGCCGCCAAGCAGGGGUCGGCGGUGGUGCGGGCGGUGGGCGACGCCGUCAAGACCACCGCCAAGAAGGUCGAGCGCCUCGUGGAGCGCCACAUGGACAAGCUGGAGGGCGUGGAGCGCAGCCUGCAGCCGGCCACCAAGCAGAUAGAGAAGUACUACGAGCAGUACCUCGAGAAGCACCUCGACAAGGACUUGCUGGCGGUGCAGCACUGGAAGCAGCGUCUGCGUCGGGAGAAGACCGUAGAGGAGAGGUUCAGGGAGCGUCCCAUAGUGCUGCGCAAGAGACGCGAGCACCUCAAGCCCACCGCCAACUGGCCGCUCUUUUACUACAACUUCCAGCGCGACCACGCCCUCCCCAACCUCAUCUGGAACCACGGGACGCGGGAGGAGCUGCGGGUGGCGCUGGAGAAGGAGCUGCGGGAGUUCGCUGAGGGGCGCGACCUGCCCGGCGAGGGGGCCGUGUCCUGGAACUACCAGGAGUUCGAGGUUGAGUAUGCAUCCCUGAACGAAGAGAUCCGCAUCGGGGACUACUACCUGCGCAUCCUGCUGGAGCAGGACUCUGCCAUGCAGGCGCAGGACUCCCCCAUACGCAAGUCAUCUGAGUUUUUCAACGACCUGUACCACCGGUUCCUGCUGACGCCCGCAGUGCCGAUGAAGUGCUUGUGUCUGCAGGCCAUGGCCCUCGUCUACGGCCUUCACCAUGAUGACAUCGGGCCCUUCAACGACACUAAAUACAUCGUCACCAUGCUGGCACGCUGCCAGCACUGCCAGGAGCGGGACAGACUGCUCGUCUUCCUUAGUAAGCUGAUCCUGCACCGGGGCAACGUGCGGGAGGUGCUGGAGGGGGGCGGGGUGCGGGUGCUCACUGACCUCAUGUCCCUGGCCCACCUACACACCCAGCGUGCCCACCUACCCACCUCCUCCAACUGUAUAGAGGCUGGUACUACCAGCACACUGCACCUCAAGGAGUGGUACUACCAGGACGCCGCCAAGACCCGGGCUGGACCCUACAGCUUCCCCGAGCUGAAGGAGCUCUACGCUGACGGGGCCAUCACCGCCAAGACCCUCGUGUGGGCCCAGGGUCUGGAGGGCUGGAAGCCCCUCCUCCAGGUCCCGCAGCUCAAGUGGACCCUGCUCGCCACGGGCACCCCGGUACUGACGGAGAGCGCCCUAGCAUCCCUGUGCCUGUCCCUGCUGACGGGGAUGUGCUCGUACUUCCCGCCCCGCACCCCCGACGGCUGCGUCGUCCGCCCUCUGGCCAGGGUGCGCCGCUACACCUCCGACCCACUCUGUCUGCCCACCCUCACCCAGCUCCUGCUCACCUUUGACCCCGACAUUGUCGAGAAGGUGGCCACGCUGCUGUGCGAGGUGUUGACAGACAACCCCGCCCUGUCUACCGUCUACACGACAGGUCUGUUCUUCUUCGUGCUGAUGUACGUGGGGUCUAACGUGCUGCCCGUCGCCCGUCUACUGCAUCUCUGUCACCUCAGACAGACCUUCCGUCCGCAGGAGCAACUGGCGGGGGGCGACCUCCUGCAGCAGAGCAUCCUGGGCCCCCUGCUACCAGAGGCGAUGGUUUGCUACCUGCACAACUACGGUCCUGACAAGUUCGCUGAGAUCUUCCUCGGGGAGUUCGAUACUCCUGAGGUCAUCUGGAACCGCGAGAUGCGGCGGUACAUGAUAGAGAAGAUAGCAUGUCACCUGGGGGACUUCACCCCCCGGCUGGUGAGCAACACCCGCGCCCAGUACCAGUACUGCCCCAUCCCCCACAUCACCUUCCCCCAGCUCGAGAGUGAGCUCUUCUGUGACAUCUAUUACCUCAAGCACCUCUGUGACACCAGCACCUUCCCUAACUUGAUGAACAAAACCGUAAAACCAAAACUUGGUCGCAAAAACCUCGCUCUCAGACUUCACUUGGCUUUCAAUCAGGGCCUUAAAGACCCGGUGAUGCUGCUGAAGAAGGUGCUGUCAGCCUGGCGGGAGGAGGUGCACAAGCAGCCCCCCAGCAUGAGUGCUGACGCUGCCUACGAGGAGCUCGAGCUGACACCGGGACAGCGGCAUGCUGACGACGUCGUCAGGAGGGCCUACCUCAGGCUGGCGGCCCGCUACCAUCCUGACAAGAACGCUGGGGGACGGGUGAGGUGCUGGGUGAGGUGCUGGGGGCAGGUGGUGAGUGGCGGCGUCCUGUACACCCGCUACUCCAGUGUGCUGUCAGCAUACAAGUAUGCCGGGUACCCCAUGCUGCUGAAGACGGUCGUGCUGGAGGGUGAAGAUGACGACCUGUUCUCUAAGCCUGACCCGCUGCUGGGUGCUGCUGCCGAGCUGUGCCACCGCACCAUCCAGUGCUGUGCUCUCAACGCCACCGAGCUCUGCAGGGAACGUGGGCUGCAGAUCGUGCAGGAGGCGUACAGCAGGUGUGUAGGUGUGCUGAGCACGAAGCAGCACACCAGCACACUGGCGGUGCAGGUGUGCACGCACACUGCCCGCUGCUUCACCGCCGCCGCUGCCUUCCCCACCUGUAGGGGAGUCAUCGCUGAGCUGCCCACCUUCCCUGUACACCUCUGCCACACCCUCUACUAUCAGGAGCACCUGGGGCUGAGCCUAGCUGGGGUCGAGUGCUGUGGGGGGCUGGCGGUUGACCCCAUCCUGCAGCUGCGCCUCCUGCACGCGGGUGUCCUGUGGCACCUCCUGCAGCGCCUCUUCCUGUACGACUACACCCUGGAGGAGGGGGGCGUGCAGCGGGGGGAGGAGUCCAAUGCUCAGGAGGUUGUAAACAAGAUCAGCGUCGCGGCGCUGAGGGCCUGCGGGCGUCUGGCGGGGCUGUACCCCCAACCUGACCCCUCCCCGACCCCUGCAACCCCUGGGGAACCCGAGACAUCUCCUGAGGAUGUGGCCCCAUACAACCCCGUCAUCGCUGGGGCUCUCAGGGCCAUGUUGACCCCAUACGUCGUAGGGCUCAUCCCCAUCAAACAACCCCAAGAGGCUCACACAGAACCCAGCAGAGCUGUGUCAGGAGUUUGCGGCGGGGGCGGCAGGGUGGACGGGAAGAUGAAGGACGUCGCCCAGGCGCUACAAGCCCUACACAACGUCUGCUCGGCCAACCCUGGCGUAGAGCUGCAGUGUGUAGGACACUUCCGGCUGCUGCUGUCACUGCUGCGGCUGGAAGCCAGCGCUGUCAGCAGCCUGCAGGACACUGUCAGCGUGCAGCGUGCGGUGCUGCGUCUGCUGACAGUCGUGGCUACCAGCGCUGACUGUGUUGCUGACAUCGCCUCGUCUCAGGUUGUGGUGUACCUGCUGCUGGCGCUGCACAGCCGUCAGCUGCUGCAGGAGAGGCUGCUGACACUCAGCGUUGUGGUGUACCUGCUGCUGGCGCUACACAGUCGUCAGCUGCUGCAGGAGAGGCUGCUGACACUCAGCAUCCUGCAGGCCCUCGUCAGCAGCACCAGCGUCGUCAAGGAGCUCCUCAGCAAAGGCGGGGUGCUGUACCUGCUGGCUGUGUUCUGCUGCGAGGACACCACGCCUGACGUCAGGGAGAAGGCAG